GCUAGAAGUUCAGAAUUGUCACCAUGAAGAAAGCCCCCAUGCAGGCGCUGAUCUCUAGGUUGCCUCUCGAGGUCUGCCUUUUUGUGCAUUAGAAUCAUCCUAGUUGAAGUUAGCCUGAACAACGGUCAAGACUUCCUCGCUCACAGCAUCCGGGUGAAUACUUCUAACUGUGUACCUCCGCCAGUGACCACUACUCCUGCCCCAGAGACCUCUACAGUUCUGACAACUUCACCAACAAACCCUAUCCCCAAACCAAAUAUUCCAGGCUCCCCUACUAUACUCCCCCCUCCUCCUGCUCCUCCCCGUCCUCCUCCACCUGCUCCUCCCCCACCUCCUCCACCUCCUCCUCGGCCACCUCCACCUCUACCUCCACCUCCGCCUCUGCCUCCAACUUCACUUGUGCCUCCACCUCCAGCUGAGCCAAGCAAGGAAGUUUUGCUCAGCACCCUGGUACUGCUCCUGAUGCUGAUCCCUGUGGUGCUGUGGUGGCUCUGGUGGCUGUGCUGCAGACCGCCUGUCAAGACACUGCCAGCACCUGAACCACAACCAACACCCGAAAAGAAAGAAAAGGGCCCUCCUCCAGUGCCUCCUCCAGUGCCUCCCCCAGCCCCACCACCAGCAGUGACCACUGCGCCCCCCAUUGUGAUCAUCUGCUGCUGUACCUGCUAUGAUGUGUGUGUGAGAAGAGGUGAAGAGGGGCCGUACGUCAACCUUGAUCUCCUGAAGGACCUCUGUUCUCAGGUUCCCUGCACCUCUAAGACUGACUUCUUCCCACCUGAGGAAUACCUGUGCCUGGCCUCCUGUUCCCAGUGCCACCAUCCUCCACAUAGUUGUCCCAGGCCAUUUCCUUUGCUCUCUCCCCCUGCCCAGGUGUCCCCCCAAUCCCCCUUGUCACUGCCUCCCAUGCAGCAGACCUCUCAGAUACCACAGAGCCAAGAUUGAGGGCUCUUUCUUUGCUGCUAAUUUGGACCCAUGUAUCUGUUCUUGGAUUUUAAUUUUAAAGAGUUGGAAUAAUUUUUAUUAGGAGGUUUGUCAUCCAAAGGAAACCCUCAGAUGUGUUUCUGGGGCACCAGGAAGGACAGAACUUCUUGGUGUCAUGGGGCUAGGCAUAGAUGAGUUCUACAGCUUUGUCACCAGAUCCGUGACACACCACAGGCUCUUAAGCUCUACAUGAAGAACAAUCCCAGAUUCAUCCUGAGAGUAAACUUGACAGCUGUGGAAGUAUGCCUGGAGCUACAGGUGUGUACCACUGCAUCUAGCUUUUUAGAUUGGCAAUGGGGAUCCCAUACUGAUGUCCUUGUACUUGCAUGCCAAAUAUUUAACCUACCUGAGCCACUUUCUAGCCCAGUGGUUCUCAGCCUGUAGGGCAUGGCCCCUUUGGGGGUCACAUAUCAGAUAUCCGGCAUAUCCGACAUCUACAUUAUGAUUCAUAAAAGUAGCAAAAUUACAAUUAUAAAGUAGCAGCAAAAUAAUUUUAUGGUUGGGGUUCACCAUAACAUGAGGAAGUGUCACACGUUAGGAAGGUAGAGAACUACCCUGUUCUAGCCCCUUGCUUAACCUUUUGCUUUGUUCUCUAUAUGGGUUUUGUUUUGCAAAUCAAUUUCAAGUCAUGUAUAUACAGAGAUUUUUUUUUUAACAAAGGCCAGAGUGUUCCUACUCCACUGUCAGACAGGAAGAAGUGUAUUGUAUAAAGGCAUAUGAAACCUGACUGACAGGGCAGGUCCCCAUAUGUAAUCCUAUGGGGCAGGGUCCAGAGAGAAAGAACACAGACAUCCCUAGAGUGUCUUUACCCUGAGCACAUCACCCAAGAUGACAUAUAGAUGUGUCCAGAACAGCCACAUGCAAGCUUAUAAAAGGUUAUCAUGACACCAGAUCUCUGGAAACCC